AUGUGUAAACUGUUCGCGUUGGUGCCCUGUGAGAUCGACAACACGACAGCGGUUGUCUCCGCACGAAAUAUAAAAGACUUCUGCCCCGUAACCUGCGAGGAUAUGAAUCCAGACUUGUUGUAUGACGUGUUCUGGAGCGGCAGCAUGACAACGAAGGGCGGCUACUACCACGCGCAGAUUGUCAACAUGAAAAAAAAGAAAGCGACAAAUGACAAAGAUGUCAACAAGCGCCAAAGAGAUUUGGAUCCGCUCCAAAAGAUAGAGCUUGAGAACCAUGACCUCGUGCCCCGCAAAAAGUACAUGGAGGUACUACGCAAGCUGCACGAAAAAACAAAAGCUCUGGAGCAGUGCCAGAAACUAAAUGAGCAGCUCCAGGAGGCACUCUGCACAAACAUAAAGAAAGCAGAUUGCUUCCAGUGCCAGAAGAGUGGAGCAGAGGAGAAUGCUCCUCUCUAUUAUGUGGACUUUGAAGGGCAGGGGGAGGCCAACAAACCAGGACUAGACACCGCCUGGUCAAGCCUAAGUGCAAUGACGGUCGAGUGCAAUAUAAGAAAGGUGAAUGCAUCAUACGACAGUGCUUCCCAGGCUGCUGUGUCCCAGCCAGCAGCUCCUCUACCAGCACGGGAAAGUGGCGAAGCCGAACUUGGUGCGGUGAUGGUGAAUGCAUCCCAGGCUCCUGCGUCCCAACCAAACCGUCCACCAGCACCAACAAGUGGGGAAGGCGAGCCGCGUGCUAUGAUCGUGAACGCAUCCCAGGCGCCUGUGUCUCAACCAACUUAUCCACAAGCACCAGCAAGUGAGGAAGGCGAGUCGGGUGCUACAAUGGUGAACGCAUCCCAGGCGCCUGCGUCCCAACCAACUCAUCCACCAGCCCCAGCAAGUGGGGACGGCGAGUCAGGUGCUACAAUGGUUGUCAUUGGUUGCCAUAUUCUCAUUCCCAGCAAGAAGUGGGAGGAUUUGCCUGGCCUAAUUGUGGACAGUCGUUUUACCAAAGAGGCAGCCACCUCAAUCUGGGGCGCGGGCGUUUUGAAGGGGAAGAGCCCCACGGGGAGACUAUCGAACAAGGCAAAGGCCCUGGGGCACACAGAGGCCUUCCCCCCUUUAACACCAGAGAAGGUGGACGCACUGCGCAGCUUCUUCAUUAGCCGUCUUACAGACAAUGGUAUCCCUAUGGAGCAGGCUGUCAAACGCGCAAAGCUAAUUCGCAAGUUUCUGAGCGAGAAAUGCACGGACGCGAGAAGGUAA